CUCUGUGUUUAAUUAAAAAAUCUCGUGGUUCCAAAUUCUGCAAUGCUUUUCAUGAGGGGACAGAGUUUGUUUGUUUGUAUGUUCCACUUUGACCCCACUGUCAGUAUUUUUGUUUCAUUCUCACGUGUUUAUAUGCCUGUCUGAGGAUAACCCUUUAUGCAGUUGGUGGAGUGGACUGUAGUUAAUGAAGGCUUUAAAAUAAAUUUGCUAGGCUUUAAAUUGCCACAAGACUCCUACUGUUUUUUCUGUGACAGAUGAACAUGACUGGCCCUCUGGGCGUUUUAUAUGUUCUGAAUUAUUUUAAGGAACAAGUCCUGAUGAGGUCCGUUCCAGAAGGGGUGGCUAAGACUUGCAUGUUCUUGCUUCAUUUAUUCAUAAGCAGGAGUGUUUUGUAAAUGCUUGCUAGUGGCCUGGCCUUUUCCUAAUAUACCAGAUGUCUUCACCAAAUAAAGGAAUAGAGUUACAGCUGCAGAUACGACAGAAUGCAGAAGAGCUGCAGGAUUUUGUUAAAGACUUAGAAAGCUGGGAAAAGGAUAUUAAGGGAAAGGAUUCUGAUUUAAGGCAGCAAAGUGGAGUUCCAGAAAAGACUUUGCCACCUAUUCGAAAUGAAGCUUAUAUGAAAAAGAAGAAAAGCAAAAUUAAAGCAGUCUCAAAGAAAACUACUGAAGAAAACAAAAAGAACAAGAUAAAAUCUUAUGAUUAUGAAGCAUGGGGAAAGCUUGAUGUGGAUAAGAUACUUGAAGAACUUGACAAGGAAGACAGCAACCAUGACUCAGUGUCACUAGAAUCAGAUUCUGAAGAAGAUGGAAUUCAUAUAGACACAGAAAAAGCACUUGCUGAAAAAGAAAAGGGUAAUAAUUAUUUUAAGCAAGGACAUUUUGAUUCUGCAAUAGAACAUUACACAAAGGGAAUGAAUGCCGAUCCGUACAAUCCAGUUUUGCCUACAAACAGGGCAUCUGCUUAUUUUCGACUGAAGAAGUAUUCUGUGUCAGAAUCUGACUGUAACUUAGCACUUGCCCUGAACAAAAAUUAUACAAAAGCUUAUGCCAGAAGAGGAGCAGCUCGCUUUGCUUUGCAGAAUUUUGCAGGUGCCAAAGAAGAUUAUGAAAAGGUUUUAGAACUGGAUGCAAACAAUUUUGAAGCAGUAAACGAACUCAGGAAAAUUGAGCAGGCUCUUGUGUCAAAAGAAAAUUCUCAGCCUGAAGAAACAGAUGCCUGUAAGAAUUUGGAAAUUACGGAACAGGAAGUUAAGCAAAUUGAGGAGCAGCAACUUAAACAAAAGGCUAUUACAGAAAAAGAUUUGGGUAAUGGAUAUUUCAAAGAAGGUAAAUAUGAAGCAGCAAUAGAAUGCUACACACGUGGAAUAACAGCAGAUGGCACCAAUGCACUUCUGCCAGCAAAUAGAGCUAUGGCAUACCUGAAAAUUCAAAAAUAUGAAGAGGCUGAAGAAGAUUGUACUCAAGCUGUGCUAUUAGAUUCUUCGUAUUCUAAAGCCUAUGCCAGAAGGGGAACUGCUAGAUCAGCACUGGGAAAGCUAAAAGAAGCUAUGCAAGAUUUUGAAACUGUCUUGAAGCUGGAACCUGGGAAUAAACAAGCAAUAAAUGAAAUAACAAAACUGAAGAAUGAACUAACUGCAAAAGGGUUGUGGACAGAACAGGAACGUCGUGGACUAUUGCAGAAUGAAACAGAAACGCAACAUCUGGUGAAACCCAUUGAAAAGGCCUUUCAUCUUAGGUCAACAAAACCCUUGAGAAGAAUAGUCAUUGAAGAAGUGGAUGAUGAGAUGCCAAAAGUUAAUUUGGUGGCUACUGCCAAUCUAGACCCUAAUAAAUGUGUUUCUGUGAGUGAAGAAGCCAUACAGGCCUUGGUGCCUACAAAGAAUCCUAGCAAAGAUGAUCUCUCUUCUCCAGCUGAUACUCCCAAAGCAAAACUAUUGAAAAUAGAAGAAAUAGGUGAUUCUCUUGCCAUACAACCUCUUACCAAUGUAAAAGAGAAUUCAUCACCUGCCCCUCAGUCUUGUAGUAUGAACAAAAAAGCUGAGACCGAAAAGGAAACACUCUUCCCUGUAUCUACAUUUACUGUGCCUCCAGUUCCUGUGAAUUCUUUUCAGCUUGAAUCAGACUUCAGAAAAUUAAAAGGCUACCCAGAUCAGUUGUAUACAUACUUGAAGCAAAUUGAUCCUUCACUUUACCCUAAUCUGUUCCAAAAAUCCUUGGAUCCAGAUGUAUUUAGCCAAAUGUUGCAAAUUCUGCAUGGUUUCUAUACUAGGAAAGAAGAACCUUCACUUAUCUUAGAAAUUCUGCAUAAGCUAUCAGAAUCAAAAAGAUUUGAUAUGGCAGUAAUGUUUAUGUCUGAUUCAGAGAAAAAAACUGUACAUUCAUUGUUUGGUCACUUGGAACACUCGGGAUUGAAAGAUUCUUCCAUUGAAAACCUCAAAACAAGAUACAAUAUUUGAAACUAAUGACCUUGUUUAUCUGUACAGAAGUACCUUGAUACUUGCGGAGGUUCCAUUCCAUGGUACAACCAUAGAUAUGGAAACAGCAAAUAUCAAGGCAUUAUGGCAGUGGGGAAUUGGGGGUUAGGUUCCCGGUCGGGGGGAAUUUCACAAAACAUCACUUUUCACGGGGGGGGGGUGCGCAGUGGAAAGCUGCCUUCUACACUUAGCUGCUCCCCCUGAGUUGUGUUGUGCCCCAGAAUGUCCCCAUAUCAGCUGAAAAUAGCUGGGUUGGUGUUUUUUUAAGGACCCAUUUUGAGGCUCCAGAACACAAAAUGGCCAGAAAUUACCUCCACUGUUAUUUCUGGCCACCCCUGACCCACAGAUAUCCGAGGUCGGUCUGCUCCCCCCGCCCCUGCAUAUGCCAAGUUCUUAUUACCCAACCGUGAAUAUGCAAAUCCAUGGAUAACGAAUCUGUGGAUUUUGAGGUCCUCCUGUAUAAUAUAUAAUUCUUAUAUUCUGCACACUUUCUGUAAGGCACUCAUUUAGAGGAUGAAAGUCUGUGGCUAGAAUCCAAGUGCCUCCCACUCAUAUUCAAGGGAAUCUCCAGUUUCUAUACCAUCAAGGCUGUGUUGCCCCCUUCCAUUCUGCAUAAUCUGCCAUUCUGGAAAGGUCUACAGAUCUCAGUACUAGCUCUUGGGUGGUGAAAGUAGAAACAGGAAAGUCUCAUUGUGCUUGCAGUGUUCCAUGAGUUUUUUGAUCCAUGCCUAUGAAACAGGUAAAUUUGUAUUUAUGUAGAAAUGUUGACCCUGCGGUUAGGCAGAGAACCUCAUAGGAUUCUCUGGAUUCAUAGCAUGGCUGAACCUGAUUUAAAUAUGCUUUUUCAUUGGUCAUUUGUAGAAUCAAGGCUGACAUGAGCUGUUAAAAUAUCUUAUAAAUUUUAUUUUUUGUGUAAUUUGCUUGCUAAAAAUAUGUAUUUUUGUUCUUAUAAAUAAAUUCACAAAUAAAUUCUACAGUGUGUUUUA